AUGAGAGUGGUCAGCAGUAGUGAAAAUGAAUCGGAAGAUUCCGAGUCGGUUUCUUUUCUAGUUUUGCUACAGUACGAUUGAAUUUUUGCAGCGUUCAAGUUAUUGAGGAUGAAGAUCGUCAGUUGGCGGCACAGAUCGAAAAGGAACGGAAAGCGAAACGAGCGCAAAAGUUGAAAGAAAAGAAGGAAAAGGCGGGGAAACCGGUGAAGAAGCAGGCGACUAAAAGAAGAGCCCCAAUAAGGUGCGUGAAAGUUAAUCGUUUAUUCAUUUUUCAUAAUUCAUUUUCCAGAAGACGUGCAGUUUCAUCCAAUGAUGACGAGGAGAAGUCAGAAGAAGAAGAAGAAGAAGAAGAAGAAGAGGAGGGGGAGAGGCACAGAAAGUCGUCAUCACGAACUGUGAAGAAGAGCCAAAAGCAGAAAAAGAAACCGGCCAGAACCUCUUCAAGUGACUCAGAGCAGGAUAGACCAAAAGCUAAAAAAUCGUAAGCUUGCCAUAUUCUAGCUGUAAUACUUUGAACAUUAAUUUUUAGGCGCGUCGUGGCACUGCCUUCAGACUCGGAUUCUUCCGAUCAAGAAACGACUAACAGGAAAAAGGAUCGACGACAGCGCAGUGAAUCAUCGAAGUCAGAAGAAUCUGAAUCGAAAUCUGAUGGAUCAGAAUCCUCGGCCGACUCCAUUGUUUUGCCAUCUAGACAGCAACAAAAGAAGAAUCCAACCAGAUCAUCAGCCAAGUCGGAUGACGACAUGAAAAAGAAGAAGAAAACGGGACUUAUCAUGGAUAAUAGCAAGUUGGCGAAAGAAACAGUUGAUGCUGAACGUGCGGAGAAAGAACGUCGCAAGCGGUUGGAUCAGAAGCAGAAGGAGUUCAACGGAAUAGUUUUGGAAGAAGGCGAAGAUCUCACCGAGUUGCUCACCGGAACCUCCAGUCAGCGAAAACUGAAGAGUGUUGUUCUCGAUCCGGAUAACGGCAGCGAUCCUAAAGAGCCUGUGGAAGUUCAUCAAUCACUCGUGAGAAUUUUGAAACCCCAUCAAGCACACGGAAUUCAAUUCAUGUACGAUUGCGCCUUCGAAUCCAUAGAUCGACUGGAAACAGAGGGAAGUGGUGGUAUAUUGGCGCAUUGCAUGGGUCUCGGAAAGACUCUUCAAGUCAUCACAUUCCUUCAUACGGUUAUGAUGCACGAGAAAAUCGGCGAGAAGUGCCGACGUGUUCUGGUCGUUGUACCGAAAAAUGUCAUAAUCAACUGGUUCAAAGAGUUUCAAAAAUGGCUGGUGAACAACGACGAAGAGUUGGAUACCAUUGAAGUUAACGAGCUGGACUCGUGUAAAACUAUCGAAGAUCGAAGAAGAGCACUAAGGAAUUGGCACACUUCUGAUUGUAAGAAAAUUGAUUUAGAGUUCACAUUUUCAAUUUGCUUUUUCAGCACCAACCGUCAUGAUAAUUGGAUACGAUCUGUUCCGUAUUCUAACUGCUGAAGACGACCCGAAAAAGAAGAAACCAAAAAACAGCAAAAAUAAGAAAUUGGCGAGAGCGAAAGAGGAUUUCCGCAAGUGUCUUCAGAAUCCUGGCCCCGAUUUGGUUGUUUGCGAUGAAGCUCACAAGCUGAAGAACGACGAGUCUGCACUGUCAAAGACGAUGGUCAAGAUUCUGACGAAGAGGAGGCUUUGCUUGACCGGAACACCGCUGCAGAAUAAUCUGAUGGAAUAUCAUUGCAUGGUUAACUUCGUGAAACCGGGACUCCUGGGAACCAAGGCAGAGUUUGCCAACCGAUUCGUGAAUAUUAUCAAUCGAGGAAGGACCAAAGACGCUUCGGCAUUAGAGGUUUCGUUCAUGAAACGUCGGUGCCACGUGCUCUACGAGCAUCUGAAAAAGUGUGUGGAUAGAAAGGAUUAUCGUGUUCUGACUGAAGCCAUUCCACCGAAACAAGAAUACGUUAUCAAUGUUCGACUCACAGUGCGACAGGGUGGUCUUUAUGAAGCUUUCCUUCGUGAUGUAGUCGGCAAUGCUGGUCUCUCGAAGCGUCUUCUUCCAGAUUAUCACAUGCUCUCUCGUAUCUGGACUCACCCUUAUCAGCUGAUGCUUCACGAACAAAAAAUGGAAAGAGAACGUAUUAUGAGAGAGGACGAGGAGGAAGAGGCUGAAUUCAUCGAUGAUCAAGAAGAUAGUGAGAGCGAGGCGGCGUCCAGCUACUCUUCGAGCUCCGAUUCCGAAGCGAGCAUCGUUUUGUCUUCGGAUGACGAUGCGCCGUCGAAGAAGAACAAAAAGAAAAAUAAGAAGGGAAAUGACAAAAAGAAGGAUAAGAAGAAAGACAAAGCAAAAAAGUCUAGAAGACGUAUUGUGGACGAGGAUGAGGACAACGACGAGGACGAUUCAGCGAUGAGUAUUCUACAUCAGGGAAUCAGGCAAUCGAAACGACUGGCUGGUGAUGAUCCGGAAAUCAGAGACACAGAAACGCCGCCAGAGUACACCGGAUGGUUUACCAAACUGGGAUUGGUCAGUGAGGACGACAGAGAUGACUUCACGCUGAGCUACAAACUCACACUUCUCAUGGAGAUUAUAAAAAAGUGUGAGGAGAUCGGAGACAAGUUGCUCGUGUUUUCCCAGUCCCUCGAGUCAUUGUCACUGAUCAAGCGAAUGCUGGAGUACAUGGCCGGAACAGGACAAUGGUUUUCCGAUGGACACGAAGCGCUGAAUGCUGAAGGAGAGGAGACGUGGUCGUGGCUGGAAGGAGAGGAUUAUAUGACUAUCGAUGGAUCUGUUCAGUCUGGAAAACGGGACGCCGUCCAGACGAGCUUCAACGAUCCGAUGAACUUUAGAGCGAGGUACGUCAAAGUGGAGAGUUCAGAAAUAAUUAUCAUUUUUGUUUCAGACUAAUGUUAAUUUCAACUCGUGCUGGAUCACUGGGAACUAACAUGGUCUCUGCUAACCGUGUCAUAAUUUUUGAUGCCUGUUGGAAUCCGUCGCAUGAUACUCAGUCUUUGUUCCGUGUUUACCGUUUCGGGCAGACGAAACCUGUCUACAUCUACCGUUUCAUCGCUCAGGGAACCAUGGAAGAGCGCAUCUACAAGAGACAAGUCACCAAAGAAUCCACGUCGAUGCGAGUCGUCGAUGAGGCGCAGAUUCAGAGACAUUACCUCGUGAAUGAUUUGACGGAGCUCUAUCAGUUCACACCCGCUGACCCGGAUAUUGAAAUAUCGUACGCACCGCCAAAGGACCGUCUUCUGGCUGAUGUGCUCCAUAAAAAUCAUCAUGCAGUCGUUGAUUACAUCGAGCACGACACUCUGUUCGCACAUCAGGAAGAGGAGAAGCUCAGUGAGCAAGAGAUGAAAGACGCUUGGACGGACUACGAGAAGGACAAGGUUGCCCCACAGAGAAUGCAAUACCAACCAAUGGUCCUGCCGGGUGGAAUGAUGGUCAACGGCGGGCUAUUGAUGGGACCGAAUAUGCAGUCAAUGCUCCAGAACCGAUACAACGAAGGCGUGCGAAUGGAUCAAAUGCAACACGACGUUCUAUUCAAGGAGAUGCAGAAAAUGCGCAUCAAGGACACCGGAACUUCAAUCAAGAUUGUGCUGCUUCGCAAUCUUCUCGAACAGAUUCUUCCCUACAUACCACACGAAAUGCGCGGUGGAAUGACGGAAUUCAACACUCAUUUUAUUCGUCUUAUACAUGUGAGUUCCCGAUUCACUCAUCUUCCCUCGGUUUCCACCAUUUUCUUUCAGGAAACGGACCGGAAAAAUGAGUCGCAUGAAGAUUUGCUCAGAAAAGCGUUGGAGUCGUUCAGAACGGUGAUCAAGAUGGUGCGAGCUAUUCCGACUUGCCGUGAACCGCUGAUUCGAAUGACCAGAAUGUACCCGUACUUGUUCGCCAAUGAUGAUUAA